CAAAAAUCAACCCAAAAAUCCCCAUCUAAACAUGCCGUUUUUCAUUUGAUCCUCCUUUGGAUUUUCCUAAUUGGCAAUGUGCUACAAUGUAUCGCAGGACGCUGACUAUUAACUGGGAUGGACUCGGAGAAGAUGACGAUGAUGAUCACUUCUUCGAGUCCUCUGACCGUCUUUCCUCGGCCGUUCCCCAGGACUUAGCGUCCUCGGGAUCAGAUGAUGAGGUUGAGUUUGAGGACAGUCGACGUUCUUUCUCGGCCUCGGCUUCUAAGAAUUUUCGAGGCCUUAAUAUGGAGAAAACAACAAUCAACAAUCCUCCUCCCAUUGUCAUGGAAGAUUACGGCAUGUGGAUGGCUGAGCCUGGAGACGUUAAAGAGCGUCGAAAACGCUUACUCCAGGGAAUGGGGUUGACAAGCAAUAAAGAACUCCUCAAGUUGACUAGUGCAAAAGUUAUACGAGCCAUUUCAAGAAAAGUUGAUACAUGCAAAGAUUCUAAAACAAAAGUUGAUAAUAUUUCUUCUAAAGAAGAACUAAAACAGGAGGAGCCAGAGCCAGAGCCAGAGCCUGAGCCUGAGCCGUCAAAUUCGCCACCAAUUUUACUGCUCAGGUCGAGAUCAGAUGGUGACAUACAAUUUUUCUCUGUAACUACCAAGAAAAGGAAAGAAGAACUAAUUGGCGACGUUUCUAAACAACGUCUCACCAGGACAUUUUCAGGAGUUUUGGCACCAACCACAAGAAUAUGCCAAUACGCGAAUUCUGCUGUAAUGGCGCCGCCCAAAAAGGGCACCACAAGUAAAUCUUCACCACCACAAAAUGGCAGUGAGAAUAUGCCAUCAUCAACAUUGCAAAAUGGAUGUGCUGAUUUGGGAUUUGCUUCAUUUUUCUUGAUAAAAAAUCUUGACACUGGAAAAGAAUUCAUUGUUAAAGAGUCAAAUGAAGAGGGAAUGUGGAAUAAGCUCAGUGAUCUACAAACUGGAAAGCAACUUUCAAUGGAGGAAUUUGAGAAAUCUGUAGGAUACUCUCCUGUUGUUAAGGAACUGAUGCGCCGCGCAAAUGUUUCAACCAACGAUGAAAGGAAACUAAAUGUAAAUGCAUAUCUCAGUAAGAGUUUCAGAUAUAGCAAGAAAACAGGAGUUGCUCUUUUAAAGAACAUAAAAGGAGUUGCAAAUAGCAUGAGUGGAUUAAUAAAUGAUAAAGAACUCGAACAACCUGCACCAGUGGAACAGAAACAAAACAAGAAUUCCUCACAAUGGAUUAAAGUCCGCCAACAAGGAAAGAUAUACAAAGAUUUCACAGCUUUGCAAUUGUGUCAAGAAAUUCAGGCUCAUGAGGGAUCCAUAUGGACCAUAAGAUUCAGCGCGGAUGCACGUUAUUUAGCAACUGCAGGAGAAGACAGAGUAAUUCAUGUAUGGGAAGUACAAGAAUGUGAUGUUAUGUCUACAAAACCAUCAGAUGAUCCGAAUUCUGUUAGUGACACACCUGUUCAUCCAACGGCUGGAAGUAAUUCAGACCGUCCGCCCCUGCCAGUGAUCACACAUAAGAAGAAGGGGAAGACUUCUAAUAAGAAGAAGGGCAACUCACUUCCAGACUAUGUAAAUGUACCAGAAACUGUUUUUGCACUCUCCGAAAAACCAAUAUGCAGUCUCAACGGUCAUCAGGACGAUGUCCUGGACCUUUCUUGGUCAAAAUCUCAGCUGCUUCUUUCAUCUUCAAUGGACAAGACAGUGAGGCUAUGGGAUAUUGAAACUCAGAGCUGCUUGAAAAUGUUUGCGCACAACGAUUAUGUAACAUGCAUACACUUCAAUCCAGUAGAUGACGAUCACUUCAUCAGCGGUUCACUGGAUGGAAAAGUCCGAGUUUGGAAUGUAUCUGAUAGGAAAGUUGUGGACUGGACAGAUCUUCAUGAAAUGGUUACUGCUACUUGCUACACUCCUGAUGGCCAGGGCGCUUUAAUUGGCUCACAUAAAGGAAGCUGUCGCAUGUACAGUGCCUCUGAAUGCAAACUGGAACAGAAGGAAAACAUUGAACUCGAACCCAAGAAGAAGUCCUUAGCCAAAAAGGUCACUGGUUUUCAGUUUGCUCCAGGGAGUUCAACAGAAGUGCUUGUAACUUCAGCUGAUUCGCGUAUCAGGAUUUUUGAUGGAUCAGACAUGACCUACAAAUUUAGAGGUUUUCGGAAUACAAGCAGUCAAAUUUCAGCUUCAUUCAGUCAAGAUGGGAAAUAUAUCAUAAGUGCAAGUGAAGACUCUCAGGUCUAUAUAUGGAAAAGAGAAGAACCUAAAACUGCAAGUAGCAAAUCAAGAAGUCUAAUCAAUGUUCAAACUUAUGAGUAUUUCCAAUGUAAAGAUGUUUCAGUUGCCAUACCGUGGCCUGGUAGUAUAAAAAAUCAGCCACCACUUGUAGAUCAGACACAAUCGAAAAGGCAUUCAAAACGUUCCCCGCCACCACCACAUCCUACCAAUGGAUCUCCUACGAGGGAAGACAACUCGGCUGGUGCAAAUAGCAAGAGGCAUUUACCACCUCUACCGGCUAGGAAAAACAGUACAGUGGAGAAAAUCCAAAGUAGUCAAGAUGAGGACUUAGCUCAAGACUCUCCAACAGAUCCUGGAAUUGGUGCUAGUGACUCGUUUUCAUCGAGUUCUCCAUCGAUCAGAGAUGGCGAUUCACCUUCUAUAUCUUCUUCUAGCAGGUUUGAUGGUAGCAAUAAUCAAGGAAAUGUCGCUGUCCAAGCAACAGCAUGGGGCAUGGUUAUUGUGACCGCAACCUCGGGAGGUGAAAUCAGGAUCUAUCAAAAUUUUGGGAUGCCACUGAAAGCUAGUCGGCCGACCAAUCUCUUUUAACACUUAACUAAGUCAAAAGAGCUAGAGUCUCAAGUUCAACUUCAGUAUGCCUUUCAGCUUCAAAUGUCUAUGAUGUGAAACAGGCAAUUUUGGUACCAUUUAGAUUAGACAAACCAAAAUUAGUCACAAUUUUGUUCAAUGUUCCAAGUAAUUAAGCAUUUUUGGCUUGUGAACUUGCCUUGUGUAAAUUAAUUGCUCUGUUGUCUGUGUAAGUGCACAGAUUCGUUAUUAUAAGUAACUGAUACCUGUUUUAUUAACACAUUUACUUGCAUAAUUUUCAGA